GUGUCUGCGUUUAUUAAUUCGUUAAUCGCUCCACCUUCCCUCUCCCUUUCUCUCUCUACCAGCUGAUGUAUAUAGUACUCCUCUCUCUCUCUCUCCCUCAAACUUCCCUCUCACUUUUCGCUUCUGUUCCAUUUUUUUUUAUUCAAUUGAACAGCUAGGGUUCCGUCUUUCGAUUCAUCGACUUGGAAAAGGAAAACCAGAAACGGCGAUCCAAUGUGGAAGAAAAGAAGCAGUGUCUGAUGGUGGAAAGGCGUUAAAGAUUGUCCUUUUGUACUCAUGAGCACUUUUUUCACGUCAUUCUGAGCAUACAGGAAUACUCGAUGCACCCAAGAGAUGAUUACCAUGGUUGAGCAUUCAAAUCGAUUUUUGAGCAUUCGAAUUGGUAGUCAGGUCAUCUAAUGGCUGUUGCUGGUUUACAAAGUGUUUCUGUGCUUGAUUCUUCUUUCCAUAGGGAGUCUCAGUCUCCAUUAUCAAGGCAGUGGGGUAAUCAUGACAGGCCAAGCACCCGAGCAUCUUCUCUUCUGCAAAUGAGGCGAGAGAUCGAGGGUGAGCAUGUGGUCAGCCACUCCCAAGUGAGAGUUGGAGAUAGGCAACAAGAGAGGAUUGAUGUCUCGAAUGCUGAUCUUCUAAAUCCUUAUUUGUCUGAGAAACAAGAUAGUGAUAGUGGACAUGAUGAUGGGAACAGUUCUAGCUCAGAGCAGUCCACUGAUUCUGGGGAGGCAGAAAGAGGAAGGGUGAGGCAAAUAUUGCAAGAGUGGAUGAAUAGUGGAGUGAGGGGCCAUGCAUCCGUUGUUUACCCUGUUGACAGUUAUUCGAGGGCACGAAUGGCUAGCCAGCAGAGAGGCAUUUGUGCUGCUAGUAGAGAAGAACAGACCCCUGAAAUUGGUGCUCAAAUUGAACGAGGUCGGGAUGGAUUUGUUAAUCAUUGUGAGAUUGGUGUUCGGAAAAACCUUCGCAAGUUAUGUGGCAGACAGGCUUUGCUUGAUAUGUUGGCUAAGGCUGAGCGUGAAAAACAAACAGAACUCCAAAAUUUGUUGGAGUGUCGGCCUGUAUCUGAAUUUGCUUACCGUAAUCGCAUUCAGACGCUCUUGAGAGGUAGAUUCUUGCAAAGUGGAAGAUUGGUCCAAGGCGAGAGACCCUCUUCUAUGCCGCCAAGUGAAUUGGGUUUAUUAAGGCAACAACAUACUGUUUCUGGUGUAAGGGAAGGAUUCCUCGCCAGAUUGGACAACCACCAUUGUCCAUCAACCCAUGCUGAGUCUGAUACUUCGUCUAGCAAGGACAUGAAUGAUUUUAUGAAUGAGCAAACCCAGGCAAAAAGUUCGCGAGAGGACCUAGUUGCCAUCCAAGAACAAUCUCAGCCUAAUAAUGGAGAAGGAGACAUCAAUCAGUUACCCCUUGUUCCAUUUGAAGGCAACUCUGGUCAAAAUAUAAAUUGUCCAGAAACUAAUAUUCCAGAAGAACAACAGGUAGGAUUCUUUGGAAAUGAGGAUAGCGGGCAUUUGCAGUCAUCAAAUUUUACAUCCUUUGGAAGUAGGGAUGGUCUUGGGGAAAAUACGGGGGGAAACUCUGUGAUAAGUACUGGUAAUGCAUGGUCACAUGAAACUUCAGGAAAUGAAAUCGAAGGACAAUAUUUUCACCUAAGACCUAGUGGCGAGGAACGUGACACGGACACGUCAUCCAAUCAUUUGUAUGACCACAGCAUUAAUGAAACUGAAGACAUGCAUGGCCCCGAUACUUCUGUACGAGUAGAACAGUGGCCGGAAUCAGUUACUGAUAAUGAGGACAAUGACUCGCGACAGCUAGACAACAUUGAUAUUUCUGGAUGGAGAGAUGAUGAUGCUGAAGCCACAGAAGGAAAUUGGAGUGAAGGAACUGCUGCUAAUCACGGCUACCAGGACAUGUUGGGAACUGAAGGUGAAGAAAUUGAUCACAUGCAAGAUUUGAAUGAACAAUGGCAUGAAAGUGGUUCGCAAGAGGCUAUGGAGGAUUUCUUAGAAGGGCCUUCUUCUCGGCAAGCAAUUCCAGUUGGAAGAUUAGAGAAUAGAUCUUACUUCCCAGAUGAUGAUAACGUGUACAGUUCAGAAAUUAGAGAACUUUUAAGCAGGAGAAGUGUCUCUAAUCUUCUUCGAAGUGAUUUCCGCCAGAGCCUGGACCAGGUGCUACAAUUAUAUGCAGAAAGGCAAGCUCAUGCUUCAGUCGACUGGGAAAUGGACGAAACGUCACCCUCUCUUAGGGAGGUGGAGCAAGAUGUGCAGCAGAGUGGUAGUCAAAACUUGGGUCUGCCAGGUGUUUUCGAGGCGGCUCAAAUUCUUCCCCCUUCAGUACCAGUCACCCGUUCUCAGCCUUUUUGGGAUCUGGAUCACCUGCAGGAUGAUAAUUGGCUGCGAAACAACUUGCAACAGCGCUUGGGAAUGGAGUGGGAUAUCAUCAAUGAUUUGAGGAUUGACAUGGCUAGGCUUCAGCAGCGGAUGGACAACAUGCAGAGGAUGCUGGAAGCCUGCAUGGAUAUGCAGAUUGAAUUGCAGCGCUCGGUACGACAAGAGGUUUCUGCGGCUCUGAAUAGGUCAGCUGGUUCAACAGAUUGUGAAAAAAAUCCGCAAAAGGAUGAAUCCAAAUGGGACCAUUUGAGGAAAGGACUUUGUUGUAUAUGUUGUGAUAACAGUAUAGAUUCUCUCCUAUACAGAUGUGGGCACAUGUGCACGUGUUCAAAAUGUGCAGACACGCUUGUGCAAGGAAGUGGAAAGUGUCCAAUGUGCCGUGCACCAGUAGUUGAGAUGAUUCGUGCCUAUUCUAUCCAGUAACAAUAACAAGAAAAAGACUAGGGAAGUGUUUAAGUUCGUUAAUAGGAUCAGAAUUCUCUUCAGUUGCUCCUGGACUCCAUCCAGGUAAUAUACAUAAUUUUCACUUAUUUUUCAGCUGUUACAAAAUGGGUGCAUAUAUUAUCUAAUUUGAUUAAUGUGUGGCUGGAAUGCAGGAAAAGGGUUCCUGAUCUGUUGUUUGAAUCCGAAUAAAUACUUGAGUGAAACAUUAAAGUCAGUUCAUGGAGUUGAUUGUCCUCUUCACUGGCAGAUUAUUACCAUUUCAGUGACAAGCCACUUUUUCGAGACUCUUUGCUCUGUUUUGAACACUGUUCUUCAGAUAGCUCAAACAGUUUUUGGGUUGAAUUUCGCCACCUCAUUGGCGAAAAUGCAGUUGGAUUGGUGGUGGCGUUGAAGCCCUGAAGAAGUUUGUAUUGACCACUAACUAAAGGUUCUGCGUCAAUUGCUUGUAGGUACUUGUUAACUCGUUUCAUUCUUUGGAAAAUUUUCGGUGGCGUAAAAUUUUGAGAUGUUAUUCACACGGGUGAGUAAAUAGUUAUCUGCCCCACGAUGUUUUGCUCUCUUGUGCCUAAUACUCUGACCGUAUUUGGUUUAUGAAGUGCCCGAUUUCUCAA